AUGGUGCGAAAGCUCAAGCAUCAUGAGCAGAAGCUCCUGCGAAAAGUCGACUUCGUCAACUAUCCCUCCGACGACCAGCACCGCGCCGCUGCGGUCAUCCGACGAUACUCAGUCUCCAACCCUGCCGACUACUCCUCAUACAACCGUCUCGCAGGAAAGUUGAGACACCUGGCACACCGCAUCGCACUUCUACCACCAGAAUCGCCUUUCCGGCGGAAGCAGGAGGAUCUACUAUUGGAGAAACUUCAUGACAUGGGCCUGUUGGGCAUCGGGGGUGAGGGCAAGGGCAAGCUGAGCGACGUCGAGAGGAAGAUUACCGUGUCUGCCUUCUGUCGGAGGAGACUCGGUGUCGUCAUGACACGUCUGAGAAUGGCUGAGACGGUCAGCGCAGCGAACAAGUUCGUCGAGCAAGGCCAUGUUCGGGUUGGUACUGAGGUGGUCACUGAUCCAGCGUUUCUGGUCACUAGGAACAUGGAAGAUUUCGUGACUUGGGUUGACUCGUCCAAGAUCAAGAGGAACAUCAUGAAGUACCGGGACAAGCUGGACGACUUCGACCUGCUCUGA